CAGCGGGGAAGGCGGGUGGCGGGGUUCGGGGCGUGAAGCGGCGGGAGUGGCGCUGGCGGCGGCAGCUGAGGCCUUGGCAGAAGCCGCGCGAACCUCAGGGCAAGGUGCUUGGAACCGGACCUGCUGCCACCACCACAGCUACCAUCACAUCCAGCAAUGUGAGCAUUCUGCAGCAGUUUGCCAGUGGCCUGAAGAGCCAGAAUGAGGAGACCAGGGCCAAAGCUGCCAAGGAGCUCCAACAUUAUGUCACCAUGGAGCGCCGAGAGAUGAGUCAGGAGGAGUCUACUUGCUUCUAUGAUCAGCUGAACCAUCACAUUUUGAAUUGGUCUCCAGCUGAGAAGCCAACGAGAGGAAAGAUGACAUCUUGGCCAUACAUUUUGACAGAGCUGGAGCACAGUGGCAUUGGAAGAAUCAAAGAGCAGAGUGCCCGCAUGCUGGGGCACCUGGUCUCCAAUGCCCCCGACUCAUGCACCCCUACAUGGAGCCUGUUCUGAAGCUGACUACAGCACGAGUGAGAUGCUGGUCAACAUGGGAAACCUGCCUCUGGACGAGUUCUACCCCGCUGUCUCCAUGGUGGCCCUGAUGCGGAUCUUCCGAGACCAGUCCCUCUCUCACCACCACACCGUGGUUGUUCAGGCCAUCACCUUCAUCUUCAAGUCCCUGGGGCUCAAGUGUGUGCAGUUCCUGCCCCAGGUCAUGCCCACGUUCCUUAAUGUAAUUCGGGUCUGCGACGGGGCCAUCCGUGAAGUGGUAGGAAUGGCAUGUGAACAUCAAGUCCCUCUUAUUGGCUUGAGAGACCUUGAGCAGAACCUCUUACAACGUCUGCAGUUAGCUUUCUCCAGCAACCUUGUAGGCAAGACCCCACAGAAGGCAAGAGAGAAGUGCAGACUAAGGAGAGCUUCAUAG